GAUGAUGAUGAUGAUGAUCACGAUGAUGAGGAGGAGGAGGAGGUCAGUGGAUCUGAAGACGAGGAGUCUGGAUCUGACAGUGGACCUGAUCUGGCCCGAGGACAGGGCAACGUGGAGACCAGCUCAGACGAAGACGAUGAUGAUGAUGAUGAUGAUGUCGAGAACAUCCUGAGGCAGGAGGAAGAGGAGAUCCAACACGACUGGGGGGAGCUGUGCAAGGACGCUCUGAGGAGUGACCAGGUCUCCACUCGACUGGCGGUCUGUAACAUGGACUGGGACCGGAUCAGGGCCAAAGACCUGCUGGUCCUGUUCAGCUCCUUCGUCCCUAAAGGUGGCGCCGUGCUGUCUGUGAAGGUGUACCCCUCAGAGUUUGGAAAGGACAGGCUGAAGAUGGAGGCGUCGCAGGGGCCGCAAGAGCUGAGAGCACUACCUGAAGACUCUGAGGACGACACCGAGGAGGACAGGUGAGGUCAGGACAUCAGGUGAGGACAGGUGA